CUUCCUUCCUUCCUUCCUCUCGGGCGGAGAAGCAGCAGCCGAGGAAGGGGCCUCCUUCGCCGGCCGCCAUGGCCGAGAUCGCCAGCAUCCAGCACGGCGGCUUCGAUGUCUCUCCAAUUGUGGCUGGCCUCAUUGGGGCCACCGUCUUGGUGGUCUCGGUCUCAGUGACCGUGUUCGUGUGGACGUGUUGCCACCAGCAAGCCGAGAAGAAGCACAAGACACCCCCCUACAAGUUCAUACACAUGCUGAAGGGCAUCAGCAUCUACCCGGAGACCCUGAGCAACAAAAAGAAAAUCAUACGGAUCCGGCGAGACAAGACGGGCGCUGCCAGGAAAGAUGGAAGCGGCAGCCUCACAGCGGAUGAGGCCGAAGCUGGGCUGGCGGGCUCAGAGAAAUUCUCAGGCGGCUUUGGCGUGCCUCCUUGUGUCAAACAGCUUCCCAUCAAGGUUGAUUAUGGAGAAGAGCUGAGCCCGGCCCAAAGCUUGACCCCAGCAGGGAGCAAAACACCCUCUCCGUCUUCCCCUGAAGAGGAGGUCAUGCUCGGGGUGUUGACUUUCUCGGUGGACUACAACUUCCCAAAGAAGGCCCUGGUGGUGACCAUCCAGGAAGCCCAUGGCUUGCCCGUCAUGGACGAGCAGAACCAGGGGUCGGAUCCCUACAUUAAGAUGACAAUCCUGCCGGACAAGAGGCACCGGGUGAAGACCCGUGUCCUUCGGAAGACCCUGGACCCCGUCUUUGACGAGACCUUUACCUUCUAUGGCAUCCCCUACAGCCAGCUCCAGGACCUGGUCCUGCACUUCCUCGUGCUGAGCUUCGACCGCUUUUCUCGAGACGACGUCAUCGGCGAGGUGAUGGUGCCGCUAGCUGGGGUGGACCCCAGCACCGGGAAGGUCCACUUGACCCGGGAGAUCAUCAAAAGGAACAUACAGAAAUGCAUCAGCCGAGGGGAGCUGCAGGUGUCCUUGUCCUACCAGCCGGUGGCCCAGAGGAUGACGGUGGUGGUGCUGAAGGCGAGACAUCUGCCCAAAAUGGACAUCACUGGCCUCUCAGGUAAUCCCUACGUCAAGGUGAACGUCUACUACGGCAGGAAGCGGAUCGCGAAGAAGAAGACUCACGUCAAGAAGUGCACUUUGAACCCCGUCUUCAACGAGUCCUUCAUUUACGACAUCCCCACCGAGCUGCUCCCCGACAUCAGCAUCGAGUUCCUGGUCAUCGACUUUGACCGGACCACCAAGAAUGAAGUGGUGGGGCGGCUGAUCCUGGGGGCGCACAGCGUCACAGCAGGCGGCGCAGAACACUGGCGAGAAGUGUGCGAGAGUCCCCGGAAGCAGGUCGCCAAGUGGCACAGCUUGAGCGAGUAUUAGCAGGGUAAGCUGAGGGCCCGAGAGGCCCCUCGGCAUACAGACUCUUGACCCCCCCCCCUUCCUCCUCCUCCUCCCCCUUCGGUUUUAGUCAUAGAGUUAAAAAGUUUCUGUAAGAAGCCGCCAAUCCGUUUUCUCUAGUGACGUUAACUUUUGCAGGGCACAUAACACUAUAAAGUUCUAAAACAAAACAAAAUAAUAUACAAGGAAAAAAAAAAGCAUUAAUUUUAAUAAUACCACAAAAAUACGUAUUUUAUCCAAACAGUGUAACUGCACUAUUUGCAUGCUGAAUACAAACAAUUUUUUUUAAAAAGCAGAAAAAAACGUAGUCUAACUGACCAAUAUCGAGGUACCGUUCUGAAUACGAUUUUUCUCUUGUCACGAUGGAAGUUGUGUUUUGUGCUGAACUGUCUGUGUCGGUAUUCACCACAACUGGCUUCUUCAGCUUCUCUUCCAACUUUUCCCCCACUUUUUCUUUCGAAAUGCAAAACAAGACGAGUCUGGGGUUGGAUCGCUGGUUCCUUGUUCAACCUCCCCACUCUCUUCCUUGCCAGUUUUGUGACUUAAGUGUCAAUGCAUUUCCUUGGCAAUGUUUUUGAUGCACCUGGAGCAAGCAGAUAUUUGGGAAGGGACACAGGGCGAGAAAAGGGAUUUAUGGGCCGGAAAUAAGGAUCUGAGACGAAUCGUUUUGAAAUGCCCCUUAUUGGUGCUGCAGCAACCAAGAGCAAAUAUAGUCCCAUUGUACAGUUCAAGCAGCCCAAUACCGAUGGGCUGUUAAAGCUUCAUCCUAUGCAAUCCUGGGAUUUGUGGUUGCAAGAAGUACAUGU